AUGUCUGAGCCUGGGCAACAACAGACGUGGAGGAAGAAAGGAGCAGAAAGCCUUUUGCUGUUUCUGCUUACGUUGCUGCUCUCUGCCCCUUCACAGGUCAACAACAAUGGGGUGGUUUCCUUUUCCGUGCCCGUCCCAGAAUACACCCCCAAAGCCAUCCCCUUGGUAGAUGGAAAGGCCUUUGUUGCCCCUUUCUGGGCGGAUGCCAACAUUAUGCUAGGUGGCUAUGUCUAUUACCGGCAGACGCAGAAACCAGAACUGCUGAGAAAAGUCACCCAGGACAUUAAUAACUACUUCCCUGAAAUCCAUUUCAGGGCCACCUGGCUCUUCAUUGCCACCUGGGACCAUGUAGCCUAUUUCGGAUCUUUGUCCAGGAAGGUAAACACCUUCCAGGCUGUCUUAUGUACUGAUGGCCAUGUUUCCUUUAUGAUGCUCAACUAUGCAGACAUCCAAUGGACUACAGGGGCAGCAAGUCAGGGAAAUCCCAGAACAGGUUUAGGAGGAAUCCCAGCACAGGCCGGCUUCAACAGUGGCGAUGACAAGCACUACUACAACAUCCCUAGCUCCCGCACUCCUCAAGUCAUCAACAUUACAAAAACUAGCAACGUGGAUGUGCCAGGACGCUGGGUGUUCCAGGUGGACAAUUUCAUAUCGGCUGGAGACCCUGAAGAGCUUACGCCUAAGAAAGAAGAACCAGAAGUCCCCCAGAAAGAAGAGGACCUCCCUGAGCAAGAAGCAGGACAUCUGAACCAUGAGGACAACCAGGAGGUUCCUGAAGAACAGUCACAGGUGUCACAGGUGGACAGUGAUGAGGAUGAGAGUGAUCACUGUGAAUGUCAGAUGGUGCCUAGAGAAGGAGCUUCCCAGCGCUAA